GCAAAUAAUAAAAAUAAUAUAUAAAUAUGUAAAAUAAACAAGACUGAGGGAAGCACAGUUGAGCGUGUGUGAAUGUUACGCCUCCAAGGUGUCGAACGGCAAGCAGAUGCACAAACAAUGGGAAAACUAGACCAAAGUUUAAGCUGCUGCGUUUUUUUUUUUAAAGUUAUUACAGCAUUUACAUACAUAGGCAAAACAUUCAAUGCCUUUACAAUCACAUGAGACACACAAACACAAACAAAGGCAAGGCUGUGCUUUUCAUUUCCGGCAUCUGGAGGCGGUGUUCAUCUCUGACUCUGGGAGGUGCUUUUUCUCCAUUUUCAAACCAAGGAGCCUGCUAUGUCACCACCUGGUCUUGUGCUAGCAAGAUUGCUUUGGAAUGUAUCUGCCUUUUACCGCCGAAGUAGUACCUAUUUAUUUACUCACCUUUGCAUGCUUUUGAACUGCUAGGUUGGCAGGAACUGGGCUGACAGAUGGGAGCUCACCCUGUCUCGCAGAUUGGAACUGGCAACCUUCAGGUCAGCAGUUCAGUAGCACAAGGGUUUAACUCAGCGUUUCUCAACCGGGUGGUCGCAAGGGGGCUCAGAGGGGUCGCCAAAGACCAGUAUUUUCUGUUGGUCAUGGGGGUUCUGUGUGGGAAGUUUGGCCCAAUUCUAUCAUUGGUGAGGUUCAAGAAGCUCUUUGAUUGUAGGUUAACUAUAAAUCCCAGCAAUUACAACUCCCAAAUGUCAAGGUCUAUUUUCCCAAAUUCCAGCAGUAUUCAGGUCUGGGCAUAUUGAAUAUUUGUGCAAAGCUUGGUCCAUCAUUGUCAACAGUGCGCUCUGGAUGUAGGUGAACUACAACUCCAAAACUCAAGGUCAAUGCACACCAAACCCUUCCAGUAUUUUCUGCUGGUCAUGGGAAUUCCAUAUGCCAAGUUUGGUUCAGUUCCAUUGCUGGAGGAGUUCAUAAGGUAAAAGUAAAGGUUUUCCCCUGACGUUAAGUCCAAUCGUGUCCGACUCGGGGUUGGUGCUCAUCUUCAUUUCUAAGUGAAAGAGCCAGCGUUGUCCGUAGACACCUCCAAGGUCGUGGCCGGCAUGACUGCAUGGAGCGCCGUUACCUUCCUGCCGGAGCGGUACCUAUUAAUCUCACAUUGGCAUGUUUUCGAACUGCUAGGUUGGCAGGAGCUGGGGCUAACAGCGGGUGCUCAUCCCACUCCCGGGAUUUGAACCUGGGACCUUUUGGUCCGCAAGUUCAGCAGCUCAGCACUUUAACACACUGCGCCACCACCAGGGACCCAGGAGGAGUUCAUAGUGCUCUUUAAUUGUAGGUGAACUAUAAAUCCAGCAACUACAACUCCCAAUUGACAAAAUCAAUCCCCAGUGUUCAAAUUUGGGCGUAUUGGGUAUUUGGUCCAGUGAAUGAAAAUACAUCCUACAUAACAGGUAUUUACGAUUCAUAACAGGAGCAAAAUGACAGUUAUGAAGUAUCCUGUUUCCCCAAAAGUAAGACCUAGUAGAGGUUUUGCUGAAUUGCUAAAUAUAAGGGCUCCCCCAAAAGUAAGACCUAGUAAAGUUAUUGUUUGGAAGCAUGCCCGCCGAAAAGAACACCAGAGCAUGCAGGAUCGGUAAGGUACAUAGAUUGUUGUACAUGGAAAUAAUGGUAGUAACAAUAAAUUCUUGAUAGGAUUCUGGUUAUGCUGGUUUGUGAUGAAACUACUGUACAGUAUAUAAUAAAUGUUCAUUUUUUGUUCAACAAUAAAUGUAAAUUCUUCUUCAUGGAAAAAUAAGACAUCCCCUGAAAAUAAGACCUAGCGCAACUUUGGGAGCAAAAAUUAAUAUAAGACACUGUCUAUUUUCGGGGAAACAGGGUAGCAGUUGAAAUGAUUUUAUGGUUGGGGCUCACCUCAACAUGAGGAACUGUAUUAAAGGGUCGUGGCAUUAGGAAGGCUGAGAACCCAAUGGACACAAACAGUGCUUAUCCCUGGUAUAUUGGAGGGGGAAAAUUGCCAGCCCUGCACAUUAGAUAACUUAAGAAACACUGCAUAUUGCUCCUGUCCUAUUCUUUCUUUGGCAGGGCCUAGAUGAGUGGCCCUAAAAAGUCGGGACCGAAAGGGUUGCAAGAAGAAGCCAACCAUUAGGAGAGGCCGUGACUCAGAGGGGUGGGCCCAUUGAUGCUUAAAGCCAUCCCAGGGAAGGAAGGCAGAUAGGCUGGAGGCGUGUGAAGGAAGGAAGGAUGCAGCUGGAGGUGCGAGUGCCCUCGGCAGGGCUGCGGGAAGCCGGCCAGGAGGAGAAACCACGCACGGUAUUUAAGGUGGAGAUUCUCUGCAACGGAAGGAAGCAUUCCAUUGAGAAACGCUACAGCGAGUUCUACGCUCUUCAUAAAAGGAUCAAGAAGAGAUGCCAAGUUCCGGACUUCCCCCCGAAGCAUGUGCCCAACUGGAUGACCAAAGUACUGGAGCAGCGGCGGCAAGGUCUGGAAGCCUAUCUCCAGGGGAUCCUUUUAUAUAACAGAUGGCUUCCCAAGGAGUUCCUGGACUUCCUGAAGCUCUGGCACUUCCAGCAGGACCCCAAGGGCGACCCUUUGGGGGUCCUUGGGGACCAUGACAUUUUCCUGGAGGACAACAGUUCUCUACUCUCCCACCAACCUGUUGUGAGCUUUCAGAAUGACCCAUAUAUCCACCCUCCCUCUUCCACAGACCCGCUGCCCAACACGGUCCUGGCCGGCGUGCUACAAAGCCUUUAUGCCCCCGAAAGGCUCUUCUGCUUUGAAUCCAAGCUCUUCAUGCGAUCGGGUUUCAGACCGCAGUGGGCUUUGCCACCUUUGGAGAUGGCUCCUGAGUUUCUGAGCCACUGAAGUGAAUACAAGACAUCCCUGAACAUGGAGGAAUGUGGGACGUCGCUCACUUCCAGAGGAAACUUUUCUUAGCUUGACCCAGGAGAAACAGAAACUCAGUCAAGUAGUAGACAAUACAUUACACCAGUUGGGUAUCCCUUAAGGCAGGCAUGGGCAAACUUGGGCCCUCCAGAUGUUUUGGACUUCAACUCCCACCAUUCCUAACAACCUCUGGCCCCUUCCUUUCUCCCGUCAGCCACUUAAGCCAAUGCUCUGCGACUCUUAUGCGAGGAACAUAAACAUAUCAAUCUUGCCAUCCAAAAAAAUGUUAUAUGACUAUUAUGUGAUGAAAUACAGUUAACCUGUCCACGAAUUUGUUUUGUGGCUGACUAUUGGGAAUGAUGGGAUUUGAAGUCCAAAACAUACCAAUCUUGCCAUCCAGAAAAUUGUUGUGCGACUAUUAUGCGGUGAAAUACAGUUAACUUGCUUCGUGAACAACUGCUAGGAAUUGUGUGAGUUGAAAUCCAAAACACCCAGAGGGCCGAAGCUUGCCCAAGCCUGCCUUAAGCACACCAAUGCUCCCGUCCAUAAAUGCAUUGCAUGUUUCCUUAACCAGAGGAUGAAGUCAAUGUUUCUCCAUAGUCGUGACAAGAAUGUGACUCCCAUUGUUGUUUCUGCAUUGGUUGGAAUGACUUUGAAAUGAUGGAACUGGGAUGCAAUCCUUUCUUGGAAGGCCACAUAUCCCUAAACACUCCAUGAGGAUGAAGUCUCACCAGACUAUGUUUUGUUUUGUUUCUGCUGGGAUGUGAAAGAAAACACUCGAAUGCAGCAGUGUUGCCUAUAUUAUACUUCAGCUUAUGAUGAUGACAGGUUUCUACGAGUCCCUGGUUCAAAAGAAUGUAAAUUAUAUGGCUGUAACUUCAGAAUAUGGAUUGCUUUAUACAUUCAUGGCAUUUUAUAAGUCAUUGGGAGUGUCUUUGUUGGAAACGAAGGCCACAAAGAAAGACUAGGAAAAGAACAUGAAUGGUCCAUAUAGUUUUAUGCCUUUUGGGGUGUCUUAUUAUGGCAUGUAUGUUCUUUUCAAGUCUGAAAAUUACUUCCAGGCUGUGUGUAUCAGGUAUAUAUAUGGCUGCCUCGAGUCUCUAUAUUGGGAAAAAGGUGAGAUUAAAAAAUAAAUAUGUUUGAAACAUAAAAUUA